CAGCCUUGCUACUGUUAAAAACAACCCACGCACAAAAUAGGGACAAAGUCAACCUCACACGUCUAAUACUCACGUAUUAACACUUUAUUUAAUUACAUCUACUUUUGGCGAUAUUUUGUAGCUGCAAAAUCCGCAACGAACAUUGUUUACCCAGCAGGUGGAUAUGACGUCACGGACUUGGAACAUCAAAAAAUAACAAAAAUAAAUCCGCGACUUUUUUUCUCUCGCAAGACACGUUAAAGUGUAAUAACGUGAGAAGGAUCUCGCUUUCAUAACCGGGAGAGAAGGUCGCGUGAAAGCGCAGAUUUGCUCCUUGAAUCGGUGCUUUCCGUCAACGCGGCACAGGGAUCUCUUGUUGCAGUUGAAGUUAGUCCCUUGAGCGGAGUAAUAGUGUUUACAGUGUGCUUAUUGCACGCUGUCGUGGUACACAAGAUAGAGUGAAUAGUUGAAUAUACGCUCGAGUUAUAGCCGCUGCAUCUAUCAGCCUUGUGCAAUUCCGGAUCAAGGUAGCUAUUUUCAGUGUUCCCGCCCCUUUCAGUCUUGUACUGAAUUCUGAUGGGAAGAAUGGAAUGCCAGUCGUGCCAAAACAACUAAGGCAGAAGAGUGCAGUAACAGAGACCUUUUGGAUGCUGAGAUUAAAGAACAGCCUUCAAGUCAUGAUGCAAGAGGCAGGGACAGAGGCGGCCAGUAAUGGAACGGUCAGUCAGAAUGGUGUGGCUGGCGCUGAGGGCGGGCCUAGAGAUAUGCGAUCCAAGAGUGCUACGCCUUCCUCUGACAUCACAGCUGCUGACCUCAUGAAUCUUCAACAACAGCAGGCUCUACAAGUUGCGAGGCAGAUUCUCCUCCAGCAGCAGCAAAGCGGAGCCACCAAGUCUCCCAAAAGCAGUGAGAAGGUGCCUGCGCUCCAGGUGCCAGUCUCUGUGGCUAUGAUGACUCCACAGGUGAUAACCCCUCAACAGAUGCAGCAGAUUCUACAGCAGCAAGUCCUGAGCCCUCAACAGCUCCAGCUCCUUCUGCAACAGCAACAGGCCCUCAUGUUACAGCAGCAACUCCAGGACUUCUAUAAGAAGCAGCAAGAACAGCUUCAUCUCCAGCUCCUCCAACAACAGCAUGGCAGCAAACAGCAGAGCAAAGAGGUGUCUGCUCAGUUGGCCUUCCAGCAGCAGCUCCUCCAGGUGCAGCAGCUCCAUCAGCAGCAGCUGCUCAGCCUGCAGAGACAGGGCCUGCUGUCCUUCCAGCACGGCCCCAGCCUGCCCCUGCACUCGCUCGCUCAGGGCAUGAUUCCUGCCGAUCUGCAGCAGUUGUGGAAGGAGGUGGCGGGAACAAACAUCAAGGAGGAGAACAGCGCCAGCAACAACGGAGGUCACCGGGGCCUGGACCUGUCCUGUUCUCCCGCACCUCCCAAGAACCCCCUCCUCAACCAGCACGCCAGCACCAACGGCCAGUAUGGCAGCCACACACUGAAGAGAGAGAGUUCAGUGUUGGAGGACCACUCACACCAUAGCCAUCCACUCUAUGCACACGGCGUGUGUAAAUGGCCAGGAUGUGAAGCGGUAUUUGAGGAUUUCCAGUCCUUCCUCAAACAUCUGAAUAACGAACACGCGUUGGACGACCGGAGUACAGCCCAGUGUCGGGUACAGAUGCAAGUCGUCCAGCAGCUGGAACUGCAGUUAGCGAAAGACAAAGAACGUCUGCAAGCUAUGAUGACUCACCUACACGUCAAGUCCACCGAGCCCAAACCCACCCCACAGCCACUCAACCUGGUUUCCAACGCUACUCUGUCCAAGACGGCGCCUGAAGCGUCGCCACCCCUCAGCCUGCCGCAGACGCCCACCACGCCCACAGCUCCGCUCACGCCUCUCUCCCAGGCCCACUCGGUCAUCACCCCCACCAGUUUACAUGGCGUGGGGCCCGUCCGCAGGCGCUACUCAGACAAGUACAACAUGCCGCUCUCCCCAGACAUCGGCCAAAACAAAGAGUUCUACAUGAACACGGAUGUCCGUCCUCCAUUCACGUACGCAUCGUUAAUACGACAGGCGAUACUUGAGUCACCGGAAAAACAGCUAACACUAAACGAGAUAUACAACUGGUUCACGCGAAUGUUUGCAUAUUUCAGACGGAAUGCAGCUACGUGGAAGAACGCAGUCCGGCAUAACCUUAGUCUUCACAAGUGUUUUGUGCGGGUAGAAAACGUUAAAGGGGCGGUAUGGACCGUCGACGAGCUAGAGUUCCAAAAGAGAAGGCCACAAAAGAUCAGCGGAAGUCCAGCUCUAGUGAAAAACAUUCAGACCAGUCUGGGAUAUGGCCCUACCCUCUCAGCGGCCUUCCAGGCCUCGAUGGCAGAGAACAACAUACCUCUAUACACUACCACUUCCAUCGGAAGCCCCACUCUUAACUCGCUUGCCAACGCUAUCCGAGAGGAGAUGAAUGGGGCCAUGGACCACAGCAACGGUAGUGACAGCAGUCCAGGACGCUCCCCCCUGCCGGCUAUGCAUCACAUCAGCGUUAAAGAAGAACCACUGGACCCGGAGGAACAUGAAGGGCCACUGUCCCUGGUGACAACAGCCAAUCACAGUCCAGACUUCGACCACCACAGAGAUUACGAGGACGACCAUGGGAAUGAGGACAUGCUGUAAGGCUGCUUUCCCUCAGGUCCUAGGGGCCAGACUUUAACUGAAAUCAUCAAUGAGACCACUCCUGACCCUGCAGACCUGACACUGGAGUCCCAGUCCUUUUUGUUGACAGCUAUAUAUAAAAAAGGUCCACUUUGCUCUUAGUGCCAUUAGACGUGAGAUACACAUAAGAGAUAAGAAAAAAAAUCUAUUCCAUUUGGGAGUAUUUUUGAUUUGUUUCUACUUUUUGGGGUUAAAGACCAAGCACGUAAUUUCUACUCACAUCUGACAAGGAGCCAUUUGGUACUGGGGGACUAUUUCUUCACGUUGCCUGGCCGGUAACAGCGAGACUAGAGUGGACACAAACAUGAACGCAUACGCAGAGAAAGACUGCCCCACUGUCCUCGGAGUCCGCUCCACACCGAUCUCAAAACUGCAGAGGAGCACACACUCGAAUCAUUAGCCCCCAAAUGGACAUGUCCUUCACGCACAGGGUGUGUGCACACAGGUGUAUGUGAAUUUAGUUCAAUGUCACUGCCUUCGAAUCAUCCUAGGUUUGCUUCCAUAACAGCUGGGAGAUAGUAAUUCUGGUGUUUAAAGGGCAAAUAAUAAAAGCAUGGUCUCCCUUAUCGUUCUAUGCUGUUAUUUGUUUUGUUUGUUUUAAUUUUUGUUUUUGUUUGUUUGUUUCUCCUGUAACUGAUCAGACCUCACGCCCAUUAUUGUGGAGAUUCUGUACGAUCAGCACUUGAUGAAUGUGUAUAGUUUCUUUCCAGGAUUCCUAUUUUCUUUUCCCUUUGUAAAAAUGGGAAACAGGACAUCAGAUUUGCCAUGUAGUAUUUUUCUGUCAUUUAUUCCACAUUUCAGAAUGCCACUUCACUGUCACAUUGCGCGCGCUCUCUCUCUCUCUCUCACUCACUCACUCACACACACACACACACACACACACACACACACACACACACACACACACACACACACACACACACACAGACACUUGAAGUCCAUCUGCAAAUGCACUACUCGUAAUGAAGGUUCUCCCUCUCCACGCAUCAAUGAAGUUUAAUUUUCACAAGGGAAUGAAUGGCAGAGAAAUCAGCGCAGGUUACGACUUAUCAUUGCAAAAUUAUACUUUCAAAAACCCCCCGUUUGUAGCAGUGUGUUGCAACUGAAUCGCUGAUCAAAACCCUGGUGUGACUGGAAAAAAAAAAAAAAAAAGAAAUGUCAGAGGGAGCAGCAGAAGCUAAGAGAUAAUAGUUAGACAAAAACUAAUUGUGUUUCCCAAGCGAAACUGUCAGCAUAGAUGGAACUUUUAUUUCUUUGCUUUUUUCCACUCUGUAAUUUACUGACUGUCUGGCGAAGCCAGAGGAUUUUAAAGUGCAUUCCUGUUGUUUUUAAUGUCUCGUUUCCCACAUCAGUGACCAUCCCACUCCCCCUGUUAUUAGCAGUUAUUAGUAAUUGCACAUGGGAUAAGGUUAAAGCGAUUACAAGCCAAGGCUGGCAUUAGAAGCCAUGACCACUGAGCAUUACAGCACUGGGGGCAGCCCACUGUGACCACAUGCAUCUACCCACAUCACCUUGGAAAUGAGUAUGAAGUUGUUUCCAGGCUUGCCUUAGGCAAACCUGCGUAAGGACUUUUUUUUUGGGGGGGGGAGAGAAUCAUAAGCAGUGGCUCUGGCUCCCAGCUGCCUACAGUUUUGUUAAAAUGAAUAAAUUAAAGUGCCGGAACUGUAGAAAAGUAAGAGAAUUAGAACAAGAUCAUUUGAAUGCGAUUUAUGACUGCAACCAACCACUUUUUUUAAUUUAUUAUUCCAUUUUCUAUUACUUUAGGGUUUGUUUGUUUUUUUUUUGUUUUUUUUUGGCUUAUAAGUUGUUGUGUCUUUUUAUCUGUGACUACCAAAGAUAAACUACAAGUUAAAAGAUGUUCUCUGUUCCAUGCAAUAGCAAACAAGGCCAAAUAUCCUCCAUGUUCUCCCACGAGACGUAAAAGAGUGGUGAAAACAGUUCUGACUGUGUUUAGCUUAUGCCGAAUUAGCCAGCUGUUCAACUUGACUGACAUUUCAAGCCAAAGGGGUUGUUCAAUGGGCAGCUGCAAAUCUUUGCCUUUGACCAAAAUAGGAGAGGAGAGGCAGAGAUUGGGACAAACAUGACCAUAUCAUAGCUAUGUUGUUUUUGGGCCAAUCUAGAGGUUAAAGGGAGCGCUCUACCAGGAAAUGGCGUCUGUAAAAUAAAUUCAUGGACGAUAGUUGUCUGGAGACUUGGUUCACUGUCGUCACCAUAUCAGCAAAACGCAGGAAGGGGGAAACACUUGCAUAGCGCCAUGUGAAAAAAGUUCUAUACUUCAUACUGGACCACACAAUAAUGACAUUUCUGUUCAGUUUUUAGGGGUGUCUCUUUUUUAAAUCCUCUGAAAAGUUUGUAUGCCACUUAUGUAAAUCCACUCAGUCCUUUUUCUCCUGUGUUAACCAUGGCAAACGCUUUAUGAUUGUGUUUUAGGUUCUGUCAACAAUUUACUUUUUAUAUUAAAAAAACACUCCUGUCAA